UGACAGCUCCAGCAAGGUAGGGGGCGGGGUCUGACUAGCAGUUACUCAGAGUCAGACGAGUUCGGCACUCGGCAGAUCACGGAGACACAACGGAGAGUUCGGGGACCAUUAAGUUUCCUGUGGCCACCGUACACUCGACUUUUAGCAUUUGCACAAAGUUCUGAAGCAGAGAGAUGGGCAGAAUUUUCCUGGAUCACAUUGGCGGUACCCGUCUUUUUUCCUGUGCUAACUGUGAUACCAUUUUGACCAAUCGUUCUGAGCUCAUAUCCACUCGCUUCACGGGAGCUACAGGGAGAGCAUUCCUUUUCAACAAGGUUGUAAACCUGCAAUACAGUGAAGUCCAAGACCGUGUCAUGCUUACAGGCCGUCACAUGGUCCGCGAUGUUAGUUGUAAGAACUGCAACAGUAAAUUGGGCUGGAUUUACGAAUUUGCCACAGAAGACAGUCAGCGCUACAAGGAAGGAAGAGUCAUCUUGGAGCGCGCACUGGUGCGUGAGAGCGAAGGAUUUGAAGAGCAUGUUCCAUCAGACAACUCCUGAAAACUCAUGUUACCUGGUUCUUUGUAUUUUACACUGAAAUGUAAAACAUGAAAAAAAAUGUAUUUGCAUACACUGUUACCUUAAUAGCCUCAGUAAAAUAUUGAGUUAGAAGACCGAAGGCUUGUAAGCGGUCACUUUAUUUAGGAGUUAUCCAUCUUGGAAAAAAAGACAUCAAUGCUGUCUUAUAGCAGAUACAAAAAACACCUACAUUUAAAGGGUCUUUUUUUUUUUUUGUAAAUAACAAUAACUUUAUUUGUUUCACCUUGUUUGUAAAUGCCUUAUUUGUUUUUAAACAUUUUUUUUUCCAUUAUUUUUUUUUCCUUAUUUAGAUUUCAGACAAAAAUAUUUUCUAACAAAGAUUCCUUCAGUUAACAUACCUGCGUAUUUCCAUAAGAAAUACUUUUCUUUUGUAUACUAAAGGUUCAGUGUGUUGAUGCUUGCGCUGUCCCGAGCAUCAUUCAUCCGUUUAGGGGUUGCUGGGAAAGUCAGAAUCCAUUGUGCUUUCAUAUAUCUGACCCAAAGAUUCCACCAUAUUAAGAUUUUGUCAUGUUUAAAUUGAUAUACAGCUGGUGUGGAUUUAAAGAAAAAUGAUAUAUUUUGAAAUGUAACAACAAAUUGGUUUUCUGUAAGUGUUGUACUACGUAGUGAUAGUAAAUAAAACAAUGUUUCUCUGA